ACGUCGCUUUGUCAUAGCAACGUCGCGGACUCCUCAGGAAAUGAACUGAAAACAAUGCAGCCAGCCUAACAAUGUAAAAUUAUUUAUAUGGCUGAUUGAUAUGAGACCACGAGGAAAGAAGUACGUUGCAAAACCAUCUCUAUCCGUAGAGGGUACGUCCAAAGGUAACAGACCGCAAAGGAAAAGCAGCACGGCCUCCAGAAAAAUUACAAGUAAUUUACAAAACAAGCCAGAAGUUUCAAAGACGAAGAAAUUCAUCCUAAAUUAUUCGUCCAAAGAUGACGCUGUAAGCAAAAGUAACCAGAAAUCAAAGUUUAUAACAGGCCAGUGUUUAAAGAAGAAUGAUGACAAAGUGGAUAACAGCUUGUCGCGGAAACAAGCAUCACCGCGGAAACAGGCAGAGUCGAUUUUCAUAACACCGCCUAGGAAUUUUAGCGAGAUCGCCGCAGAUGUUAUUCGCGCGGACUGUAUAAAACGCGGUUACCACAUCGGGAAGACCAUUGGAGAAGGAGCAUAUGCUAAAGUGAAAUUAGCGGAAGUUUUACCAUCAAAGAUAGCGAGAUUUCCCGACAUGGCCGAACAUGCGGACAACGAAGGAAAUCUGAAGGUUGCAAUCAAGAUUAUAGAAGCAAAUGAUGUACCAAAAGAAUUCGUGCAGAAGUUCCUGCCGCGAGAGCUCGAGAAUCACUGCCCUAUGCCACCUCAUAAAAAUGUGGUUCGAGUCUUUGAGCAGUUCAGGACCACCGACCGUUAUUAUGUGGUCAUGGAGUACUGCAACCGUGGGGACCUUCUGGACCUUAUAAACUGUCGGAUCAGCGAGAGCUGUAAGGGACUAGGGGAGGAUAGGGCCAGAUCCCUUUUCCGUAUGCUGACCGAGGGGAUGCACCAUAUACAUACCAAUGGCAUAGUACACAGAGAUUUGAAAUGUGAAAAUGUCUUGCUGGAUGAUCAAGACAAUCUUAAGGUCACAGAUUUCGGAUUUUCCACUCGAUUUAUCCCUGGUCAGAGUAGUCUGUUGAAAACCUCGUGUGGAUCUUACGCUUAUACUGCACCGGAGGUGAUAAAACAGAAACCCUAUGACGGGACAAAAUCCGACAACUGGAGUCUUGGUAUUAUUCUGUUUGCCAUGCUGAACGGUCGUCUGCCAUUCAAUGACGCGCAACUCGUUGACCUUGAGGAAGACCAGAAGAUGCAGAGGCUUCGCUUCGAACGCUCGGUGUCAUUUGAAUCUAUGGUACUUGUGAGACGGAUUCUGCAGUACAACCCCACCCAUCGUCUAACAACAGCAGAAAUAUUGAAUGAUCCCUGGCUGACUGGCAAAAAGUUGAUUCCACGACAAACAACCAAGCCAAAAUGGACAAACUUGCAUCAGCCUCAACCUCCGAAGCAGAAUAGCGCUGAUAAAAGCGACAUUUGUGGAAGUCCAGUUUAUUAUAAAGGCACAGUACCGGAAAGAGGCUCGGAAGCAACUGUGACGGUGAACCACGAGAAAAAUGAAACAGUGACGUUAAAGAGCAGAACGAGAAAUAAAAAGAACAUUUGGAUCACUGGACCACCAACAUCACAGCGCCCAAAAACAUGGCCCCGUUCUAACAAACCAGCGGGACAGAAUAAGGAAGCGCGAGGCACGUCAUGUGGUGCAUCCGCUGGUUGUCGUAAAAGUCACACAACCGUUGUCGUAAAACCACCUGGCGGUAAGAAAAAAUCGACGAAACCCGAAUUCAAAGCCCGUGUAUCAACGAAGACAAUCCAUAUGUCAAAGUGGUUCAUGGAAAAGUACAUGGCCGGCAAGGAAGCAAGCAAAGGAAAAAAAGAUUCGACCGGCUGUAAAUGUUGCAAAGCGGAAGCUGUCAACUCAAAGACGAGGCUGGAAGACUUUGAUCUCGAAGAGCGAGACUUAACUUUCCUUGACAACGGUGAUGUUAUACGAGCUUCAUCACCAGAUGACGACUUCCGGUUUCCUAGUCCAGUGAAAAACGUGCCGACACAAGAAAAGUCAGAACGAGACCUUAGAGACUCUGACGAAAACAUCAGUAGAGCCAAGACGGCUUCAGCAUGGGGCACAGACCGUAAAACGUCAGCUCUGGUGAGAAAACCACCUGAGAAAUCUGCAAACACCACACGUCGUCCUAAAACAGGCAUCCCUCAGGGUGCCAAGUCCACCACUUCGACUGAAAUCUCCAAGAAGACAAACAUCGUCACAAUCAUGGUGAACCGAUCCACGAGUCCAGCAGCACGUGUCAAAUAUUUCCGUGACAGGCUCAUGAAAAUGUACGGCACCGAAAAGGUUGAAAUGCAGACAGAUGUAACCAGUGGUCUGCCUUCUCUACUAGUCAAAUCAUUGAAUUCAACUUCCGGUUCAAACUCGCCAAUCCAGACAUCUUCAACAACCCGAGAAACCACCAGAUCUUCAGCACGGGCAAUUCCCCCUAAACAUCAGGCCGGGACUAAUGUCUGGCGCCCCGGGCAUCACAGGAUUACUAGUAGCGUGAAACCGAAGAAGAUUGUGAUUUUACAUACUCCUCCUUUAUGAACAUUAAACGGAAACAAUUAAUCAGUAAUAAAGAUGGUUUCGUUUUCAUAUUUUACUGAAGCAUUUUAUAAAUGGACCAAAUAAAAUAUAUGUUAUUACUGUCACAAA